GAGGGAAGCUUCCUGCAACAACUUCAUGAUGAAACGCCGCUGCCACGUAGAGGACCAACUGUUGCUGCAGCUUCUGCACAUUUUUUGUUAAAAACUCUUAAAGUUUGUCCUGCUGUUGCUCCUGAAAGCCGUGUGUCAGCAUGCUGCUGGCUCUGCUGAGCUGGCUGUCCUCCUCCCUGCUGCUGUCUGUUAGCGGGGGGAAGUUGCCCGAGGCUGAGGUGCAGAUUGAAGUUCUGUACAGACCUUUCCUCUGUCACCGAAAGUCCAAGAAUGGGGACAUCCUGCUGGUGCACCAUGAUGGGUACUUAGAGAAUGGGACCAUGUUUCACUCCAGUCGAAAUGAGGGGGACAAGCAGCCAGUAUGGUUCACACUUGGCAUCAAAGAAGUGAUGAAAGGCUGGGAUAAAGGUCUGCAGGACAUGUGCUCUGGAGAGAAGAGGAAACUGGUCAUACCUCCUGCUUUGGCCUAUGGGAAAGAAGGAAAGGGUAAGAUCCCACCUGAAAGCACCUUGACCUUCGUCAUCGAGGUGUUUGAGAUCAGAAAUGGACCGAGGUCACACGAGUCCUUCCAGGAAAUGGACCUCAAUGAUGACUGGAGGCUCUCCAGGCAAGAGGUGAAAGAAUAUCUGAGGAAGGAGUUUGAGCGUCACGGCUACCCUCCCAACGACACCGCACACGAAAACAUGCUGGAGGACAUCUUUGCCAAAGAGGAUAAGAACAAGGACGGCUUCAUAUCCUCCAGAGAGUUCACUUACAAACACGAUGAACUCUAAAGUGCUGGAGUUAUUUUGGUGCAGAGUUUAUUGCAAAGACUCUCUCAGGUGUCUGGUGUCUAAAAGUAUUUCAGUUUUAUAGAUGCAUUAUGUUUGUGUGGUGUGUGGAACGUCAACCUCUCAUGUAUGUGAAGCUGUGUGUGGUAGCUGUUGUUUUUUUUUACUUUACUCUUAGUCAGGGACCCUUUAAACUUGUCUGUGCUUGUCUAGUCGGAGGUGGGAGUUCUGUGUAAAAUUGCGUCCUAUGCUUGGGACACACUAGCUUAGCCGAUGCGUAUCUGUAGAUCAAUCAAGCUGUGUCUUUCUGAACAGAAAAGAUGGAUCCACUGCACCAGACGUAACCAAACAUUUAUAUUAUCGGAAGUUAUUUUAUCGCCAGGCUGUGUGGCUACUUGAGAGCCCAUGGCCUUGACAAGAACCUAUUUCUGCAAGACGAUGAGUGCAUCUCAUGCCUCUCAUCUGCUCCAGAAGAGACUCUGGCCAUGUCGCUCCAGAUGUACUGGUAAUUGAAAUGGGGGGAAACAGCAUUGGCUUGGGGGGCCAACAUGAGGGUGGAUCUGCUACGCUGCGUGAAAGCAGAUGUUCUUGAAACACAGCAGCUGUUUCCCAGCACACCCAGCUCACUCACAGCUGUCUGACAUCCUCCCCCGUUGAAACUGGAGGGGUCAGGUGGCAAGGUCCAGCUAUGGACCGGAGAGAACCCGCUGAUUGAUCAACGGAGCCAUGACUGGUUUUUCAAGAGAGAAUAACUUCUACUCAAAUCAACACACUAACAUUAAUUUAAAUAAUUUGGCGGAUGAUGGUGUGCACCCACUUAAUGAGUUUCAUAAGAUCUAUGAAUCUGCGUAUCAGGAUGCAGAUGCCAGCAUGUGACUCAGCCUAUGGGUAAUAAUCCUGCCCAUGUUUUACUGAGCCGUCCACUGUCAGUGCUGUAAUAGAUAAUAAAUGUAAAAAUUGUUCUGCUGAUGUCAGCCACCACUUUGUCCCCUGUGUCUGUUUUGUAACUGUUCUGUUGAUCAUUUGGUGUUUGAAUAAAAUUAUACAUUGG